AUGACUUUUUUAUUAAAUGAAAACUAUGUACCUCCCAGUAGAAAACCCGUCUCCAACAGUUUACUGUCUCAUGUGUUCGAUAACACACUAAUGCGAGUAAGAUCUGCAGUGCAAGCUGCAUCCUACAGCUGCAUGACAACUGAUGGAUGUACAUCUGUGAAAAAUGAGAAUUAUAUUGCAGUUACUGCUCACUUCAUUGUUGAAAACUGCAAUCUGAAGUCAUAUUUGUUAUCUAGCUUUAAAUUCCAUGACAAGUAUACAGCAGAAAACAUUUCCAGUGAAUUACAAAAUGAGACUUCAACUUGGGGUAUUACCAAUAAAAUUGUAGCUUGCACUACAGAUAGUGCACCUAAUAUGGUGAAGGCAGUGAUGAUGUGCAAAUGGUGGCAUGUACCUUGUUUUGCACAUACACCGAAUUUAAUUGUGCAAGCAAGCCUUGAACCAAUUACAGACACAAGGGCAAAAGUGAAGUCAAUAGUGGAAUUUUUCAAAAGAAGUCCUCAAGCACUUGAGAAAUUACACAAUAUUCAGAAGCUUCCCUAUUUUAACACAGAAACAAGAUUGCCCUAG